AUGUCAAAAAAACCAUCUUGUAUCGGAGAAGGAUUGAAGAAAGGAGCAUGGACUUCAGAGGAAGACCAAAAACUCCUCUCUUACAUCCUUGAACAUGGCGAAGGAGGCUGGCGUCACAUUCCCGAAAAAGCUGGGCUACAACGGUGUGGAAAGAGUUGCAGACUGCGAUGGACUAACUAUUUGAAUCCCGAAAUAAGGAGAGCAGGAUUCAGCUAUGAGGAAGAGCAAAUUAUCAUCAUUCUUCAAGCUUCUCGUGGCAAUAAGUGGUCAGACAUAGCAGAACAUUUGCCGCAAAGAACGGAAACCGAGAUCAAAAACCAUUGGAACACACAUCUCAAGAAACGUCUGAUCGACAAGGGAGUUGAUGCCGUGAACGACCAGCCACAAGCUUCUAGCCCUAGUCCGGCCAAGCCAAAGAAGAACGGUUCCCAAGAAGAAUCCAAUCUAGAUGAGCAGACUUUACAGUCGAGUUCUACGUCUCCAGUAUCUCUUCCCUGUUCUUCGAGUUUCAACAUUACAAUACCUGAAAUCAGCAGCGAUGAGACUCCAACAGAGAGUGAUUUCUUGAGCUGCAAGAAAGGUCUUGAGAGAUCGAGUUCAACAUCAAGGCUGUUAAACAUAGUUGCACCUAGAGCUGCGUCCAUUGGGAAGAUCUUAUCAACCUCCAUCGAUGGAACUUUGGGAUCUCCUAUAGCGUCUCCAUGUCCCACAAGCUCACUGUCUCAAUCAUCUGAACACAUGAUCAGUAACAAGGAAGAUCUCGGUAAGAGCAGUGAUCUCAGCAUCAUUGACAACGAUUUCUCACAGUUUCUGGAGCAAUUCCUCAACGACGACGAAACUGAAAACCUUGGUGGCUACAAUCAAGAUCUCCUUAUGUCCGAUGUCCCAUCAACAAUAGUUGAUGAAGACGAUUUGAUUGGAGAUAUAACCGGCUGGUCAAGUUAUCUUCUUGACCAUCCCGAUAUUUAA